AUGCUCUUGCUGAGCGCUGGCCAGAUUCCCGCGAUCGAAGCUAAAGCUUCUUCGGUCGAAGCUGGUUCGAUCGAAGCUCCUCCGGUCGAAGCUAUUUCGGUCGAAAUUCCUUUGGUCGAAGCUCCUUUGGUCGAAGCUCCGUUGGUCGAAACUCCGUUGGUCGGAGCUCCGUUGGUCGGAGCUCCUUUGGUCGGAGCUCCUUUGGUCGGAGCUCCGUUGACCGGAGCUCCGCUGGUCGGCUGA